AUGGCGCCUAAGGCAAUCAGAAAAUCCAGCCCUUCUAAAACCACAUUUGCAACUGCCGGAGCCUUUAUUAUGGAUUUUUACAGAAAUCCUACCAAAUGGUAAGAAGCAUAUUAACAUAUUUAUCUCUUCAUAUUGUUUGUGCUGUUCGUUAAUCACAGGCCGGCACGGUACCACGUGCGAUCAAAUUGACCACUCCAGAAAAUACAACUAGGUAUACCUAUCGAUAGAGUGCCAACGAGGAAAUCAUGCGUAUUUUGCUUAGGAGUAAAAUUCCUUUUUUCCCAUUGGCCCGUUUCUUGGUCCCUUCCUGUUGCAAGGAUUAUUUUCUUGAAAAGUUCUCAGAUUCAGUCUGGUGGCUUUACAAACCUGUUAUGUAAAAGUGUGAAGUGCCUUGAAAGAAUAAAGUCAGCUUUGCAGAGGAAGCGAUCGGGAAUAUUAUUAAGUCCAGCUACAAAUCUACUGUCGGUUCGGUUUCACAUUGUUGAUAAAUAUUUGCACAGUUUAAUCAUUUAAACCUCCUUUCAAAUUUCCCGAGGCUUUUUGUUAUCGGAUUGAAACUUAGAAUGAUUUGCUGGGCCAUCUGAAAUGUUUUCAAGGACAUGCGAUGUACGGCACGUCGGUAUUUAAUUUUAGUUCAUUAUUUUUAUACUGAACUCGGCCAGGUUUCGAAAAUAAUGGCGUUGUUUUCUUUUCCUUUGUCGUUCGCUUUAGGCUCGUAAUUCGUUUUUGUUCUCAUUGUUUUUGUUUGCUGGUUAGAUUUUUUCCCCAACACCAGAUUUUCCAACAGAAGCGACUGCAUUCUUCGUUUCAAGCUUUCCUUAUCUCCUCGUGUAAUCUGAUCCUUUUUAGUGGUGAGAAUAUUGCUUGCUGCACAUAGAACACUUUUGCUGUUUUACAAACUUCUCUUCGUUAAAACUUAACAUUAUGGCCCCUAAAAUUAAUAGAAUAUAUCAAGUGCUCAUGUCUCUUGACUGCAGUGGCCGGGUUUGACGAAAAAAUUUAGGUAAAUAAACACAGGAAGUCACGACGGCGGGAAGUGUGUGAAAUUUUGUUUGUUAUUCAGCUUGAGCCAGUGCGCCAGGUACUGCCUUUUGAUUGGUUCACAACUGACCACUUGGUCUCAGAGGAAUCUACAUUACAUUGGGUUACACUUUUUUCAGCUCGAUCGAGAAUUUUUCUGCCUAUUGCCCAGUCUUACGCGGCUCUAUUCUGCUGCCGCCUCGCCAUCCGAGCGUCUUCGCUCAGAUGGCUCGUUGGCAAUAACAUACCGUAAUGCUCUUUGUUUGUCACCCCAAAAUUUCUGAAGUCUUGCAAAAGCAUUGUUUUCAGUUUCUCUUGGGGCCAUUUGAACCCCCAAGCGAAACUGAAGAAAAUGCUUAUGCAAAAUUUUGGGGUGACAAACAAAGAGCAUCAUGAUAUGUUAUUUACUGAAGGGGUCAAUUGUGAGUCUCCCUGUGUAUCUUUAAGUUUUCCUCGCAAGUAUGCCAAGUUUUACUUAAUUUUAAUACCCUUUUUGUUGUCAAGCAUUUGUCCGUAAGCAGAGCUUGGAAAAGCAAACUCAAACACAAAACUGCACAAAUCAGUAAUUUUUACACUUGUCAAGCACACGAUCAUGAUGCAUGAACACAUACAUUUCAUUGCUUCUUCCUCUUGUUGUUAAUUGUAAACAAAAUUAGGUUUGAUUUUAGUUGUACGUUUGUCAUUAUUUCUCCAGUAGAUAUAACAGCUUGCCUUAUGAAAGCCUGUUCACAGACCCACUAUUUUUUCUUUAACCCAUUCGCCCCUGAACUGCCGUAACCGCCCGUGCGGAUCCAGGUCCUUUCUACCGUUUGUGAUGUCAUCAGUUUUAACGGUCAAGGACAACUUUCUUCGCUAACUUGUGCAGAGUGAAGAGAUCUUUCAAACCAUACCAGAAUGAGCACAAUUCAGUCAAGGACACCGGAGAAAGAAGCAAAAAACCACGUGACAUUGACCUGAAAAUCCCCAUGAAAAUCUUGUUCCAUUGCUCACCUACCUUUCCUUUCACCUAAUCCUAAGAUCCUAAAAGCUUUCCUAAAAACUCUUCCCACCGAAAUGAAGCCUACUAAAUGCCCAGCAAGAGAAAAAAAAAAUGAGGCAAGAAAAGCGAAAAAAGAAGGGAGGAGAGAGAGCGAAAAGUAAAAGUCAAGACUGCUGUGUCACUUUUAAACCCAAAAACUCGAAAUUUUGCUUUCUGCGCAUGCCCGAACUUUCCAAGCUGAUAUUUUGCAUCUGGAUCAGAAGGCCGCGAAGUGUACGACCUGUAAACCGGUUUGUGGUAAGUUUUAUCUCUUUAUAGUACGACAGUGACCAGAAAACCACUCGACUAGCUUCAAAACGCGUUUUCUGGCAAAAGACCACCAAGCUUCUGUAUAAGAAAAAACGCAAGAAACUUUUUGACCACUAGGCUGUGCAGGGGGGUAAAAUGCAAAACAAACCAUUUGAGUGAAGGCUACAAUCAGUGACAAAAUUUGCUGAGACACUUUGUCGUAAGGGGCCUUUCUAACAUUUUGCUAGCUUAAAAAGGGAAAAUAAAGGUUUCCCUUCCCCCUUAUAUCCCCUCCUUGCAAUGUUGUGCUGCUGUUCAAACUACCAAGUUUUAAGUUUAUUUCGGUAUUUUGAAUGAAAGCCUGCCACCUUUGAAAAACAAACACCCCAUUGUUGAGUGGAUGGAAGGGAGGAGUGGUGUGGACUGUUUUUCCUCUCUGUCUCAACAAUUUUGUCGCUGAUUGUGGCCUUAUGAAGCCUACGAAGCAGUUAUUUCACUCAGUGGUUUGUAAGUCAGUUGAUUUUUGUCAUCAUGAGGUCCCCAACAUGACUGCCAUGAUUGGUUCUUGUUGUAGCCAAUCAAAUGUUCAGUAGUCAAACCCAAUCGAACUCAAGUCGUUAGACUGACUUCGAUUGGCUUCGGCAAUCAAACAUAUCAAACUCACCAAACGAUCUUUAAAUCUGAGACUAACAUUACAACUUUACAUAAAAAUAAGAGCUACACUACACUUUACCCUGGAAAUUAAAUCAAUAUUUACACACGAUAAAUAACAAUUAAAUAACAGAGAGAAGGAUGGAGGAUAAACUCAAUUUAGAGAACAUUUAAAUGACGUUUAAAUGUGAUUUGAUUUUUUCCCAUUUUUUCUUAUGGUAUUCUACCUUAUUCCUCAUAAAUGCUAUUCUACUUUCUAUAUUGUGUAUUGCUUCAAUUUUUGUUGCUUUUUUAGACCCGCAUUACUGGUUUAAACUUUUUCUUUACAGCAAUUAAUAUAUAACUUUGCCACUAGAAUAAGGUGAUUUACAAUGACAAAAUCUUCUCUUGCCCUCCAGCCACUAGUGUGAAAAAGUCAACUCAUUUGUGACUCCCUCCCUACUACUUGGGGGCAGGAAAAGAAGACAGCACUAGGGCAGCACAACCACAUACUGGCGGCGGACUUCUCUUCUCGAGGAUGAUUUCACCAAUGAUGAUUUCCUCUGGGUUGGCGGCCACUCAAAACAGCACACCCUGGCAGAAAUAAAUCAAACCUUUCACUGGUGCAGCCCGCCUUGGAACAUGGCUGUAGCACGGCCAGGAUGAAGGGCUGUGAGCAGGCGGUCACAUCUUUUGUGAUGGUAACAUAGUUCAAGAUGGUGACUUCUUUUGCGAUGGUGACAUCCUUUGCAGUGGUGACAUUGUUUGCACUGGCAUGAUCAAGUGCACUGGUCAAAUACUUUGCGCUGGCAGCAUCUUUUGUGCUGGUGACAUCAUUUGCAAUAAUGAGGUUAUUUGCAAUGGGCAAGUCUCGUGUGUUGGUCAAAUCAUUUGCAAUGGUCACAUCGAUUUUGCUGGUGACAUCUUUUGCGAUUAUCAGCAGUUUGGUUGCGAUGGCAACAUUGAUUGCAGUCAUGAUGUCAUUUGUGCUGUUGGCCAGAACCUCUUUAGAACCUCUAACUUGAUAGGUUCUUGUUGACCCGAAGCUCUAUUGUUCCAGAGUUGGGGUUCAUUGUUAGUUUUUUUUUUGGUUAGGGCUACCUAUUGUUUUCUAAACCAAUCCUGUGAGCCACUCUUAGAGCUUCCAGCCCACCCCAUUUGUGAUGGUGACAUCAACUGCGAUGGAUACACCGCCUGUGAUAAAGCAGUUGUUUGAGAUGGAUACAUCAACCAUUGAAAUUCACCUCUUGUAAUACCCGCCAGGGAUCUUGAGCAGCCAAUUAGAGGUUGGAAAAAUUUAUGCAUAAUCACAAUGGGCUCACAGGAUGAUCUCAUCGACAUGGAGGGUGAUUUUAAAUUCACGAUAUACAAUUAUCUGGGGUUACUUCUACAGGACAGGGAUGCAGAACCAUCUCUUCAAACCAAUCGCCGCACCCAGUCCACAGAUCCUUAGCAACCAAUUAGAGAUUGACAAAAUGUAUGCAUAAUGGCUACACUCUGAGUGGUGCUUUUGAAUUCAUGAUGGACAAUUUUGUGGAGUGGCUUCUGCAGGACAGGGAUGCAGAACCAUCUCUUCAAAUUAUUUUGUAUUAACUGAUUGCCUCAAAAACAAAGUGCAGGCUUUUCAAUCUGUUUCUUUCACAGGUAUAUCAGCCAAAGCGGCGCAUGAGAACCAAAAACAGUUGAAACAUCAAACCUGUGAGGGGGUUGGAAAGAUUUGAGCCCUUUCACUCAAUGCAUUAUGAACAAUCCCAAAUGGCGCCAACAAAGUGGAUUGACAUUUUGGGUGGCUUGCGGAAGAUCCAAUUUUCGGGGGAUGUUGAAGAGAACAGAGGCAGAAGAAUCACAAAAUGGCACUUCUUCAAAGAUGUUUCAUGGCUAUCAUUGGCAUGGGUGUCCAAGGUGUUCUCCUGCCCCGAAACAGCAAAAGGAAGUGGUUGCUUUUGAAAAAAUAAAGAAAGGCCAUAGAAAGCUGACAAGAGAGAUGCAGUUUGCACAAACGUUGCGAAGAAGACAAGUGAUCCUAGACGAGGGUUUUAGAAAACGGAAACUUUCCGACAUGCCUUCAUGCUUGAUUCGAGACUGUGCAGGACAUGAGCAAACACAGGCAGUUGACAAAGAACCUGUUGUUUGAAAAUAAGCACGUACCGGUGUCUGUCUCGUUGGCAGACACUUUGGAUAGAGAGCCAGAGCACAUCAGCAGCAAAGAUCCCAAAGAACUGAUCCAGAGAUUCUGGGAGGUGCUAGAACAGAAGGCCUUGGCAAUCCGAGAAGAAAUGCGGUGAUGCAUCCCAGAAGAUUUCAAAUUUUCUUUGGAUGAGCAACAAAAAUGCAUCAGCCAUUAGUGUUUUCAGAUACCAGUUCUGGGUUUCAACUCUGGCCAUUAUGAUUUGAAUCUGAUCAAAGAGCAUUUUGUGACCCAAGUCACGCAAGACAGUGAUAUCAAAGUGGCCAGCAAACAGAAAAAUGUACAUCGUCAAGCUCUCCAAAUCGCAUCACCCCUAUUGUCAUUGAGGUUAUUUGCAAUGGGCAUUGUUGGGCAAGGAGGUCAUUGUGUAUUGGCCACAAAUGUGAGGGAACGUCGAAAAGUUGAUUGAAGUUUUGCAGAGAGACGGUUUGGAUUCGCUUACGUGGACAUAAAGGUGCCAAAAGAGUUGUGGAAGAAGAAAUACCCCUGUUGUUUUACAACAAACCCAUUCCAUGUGGUUCCAUGCCACUGCCCAUCAAAAGACUCCUUGACGUGGAGCAGGUGCAAGCCCAUGCAUGACCAACGAAAGCUGGUCUACACUCUUUUAGUCUUUAAUCCUGUUGUUCAAAUGACUAUGUUGAAUGACUAUGCUGCUGAAAUGUUCUACAAUUGAUCUUCACAUGGUUCGUGGACAAAGUCAUAGGGAACAGGCGCAAGGACGAGGUGGCCGAGGUGUACAAUCUUUUGGGUAACAGCUCCUAUGGCAAGCUGAUAGAAGCUGUGGAGCAGCAGAUGACGGUGAAGUACAUUAAGAGUGAAAACGCUUUGAGGAAAGAUCUGCAAUUGGUGUGGUUUUAGGAUUUGGAAGAAAUCGGUGAUGUGUGCGAAAUAGAAAUAUGAAAGCACCAAGGGGAGAUUGACAGGCCUUUUUGAGUUGGGAUCGCGGUCUACUAGAUAGCCAAGCUGCGGGUCCUGCAAUUCUAUUUUGAUGACAAUUUCGUAGACAGGUGCGACUACAAGUUGAUCCAGAUGGACAAAAAACAGCCUGUAUUUUAGGUUGUCAUGUGAUUAAAUGGAAGAGGCGGUGCACCCCGACGUGGCAGAAGAAUUGGGAAAAAAGAAUGGUUGGCAUGGAACAAAUGGGGCAUGCAAGAGCCAGGGCUGUUCAAGCUGGAGUUUGAGGACAUUCGUGGAAUCACACUGUGCAAUAACUGUUAUUUCAUGGAGCAUGAGGAAGGAAAGGUGAACGAAAAAGGAGUUCAAAGCGCCAAAACAAACUGAAUUGGGAGAGAUACAGCUCAGCAAGGGUGCACUUAAAUCUUUCAACGAUUUCCUGGUCCAGGUGAAUCUCAGUGUGCCUGUCAAACGUUUGUUAUGUUUUCCCAUAGGGUGAACCUGAAGCAGCUGUGGCCGUUUCAAAGGACCUCAUUUGUAAAUUUUUUGAAAAGUGCUCGUAACCAAAGCAGAGUCUUUCAAGGUCAACGGUUCAGCUUCUUUGAAAUAUCCGGCAAUAUCAACAAUUUUGACCCUGACCACGCUCUUGGUUGUCGUCGUAAAAAGGGAAGGCCUGCUUGGUGAAGUGCAUUCAGGGUGGACAAAUCAAAUUUGGGGCAAGGAAUGUGCUUUGGAGCUGGAAGGUAUAUUUGCCAUAGGGCUUGAUUGAUCAACCACUUUUUCGCAGCAUCUUCAGAAACUUUUGCCGCCUGGGCUAACUUUUUGAUGGCUGCGGGGCCUAUCCAGUAGCCUUGAGGGCUGUAGUAGAUCUUUGCAACGUUUGCAUCCAUGGUAUAUAUUUGAUUUAUAAAAAACGAAAAGUGGCGUACCCAAGAGUAAGAGUGCCAGCACCAGCAAAAAUUAACUCGCCUUGUUUUUGCAGAGCACUGGGAUGGUAGAAGUUUGAAUGCAUAGUCGGUGUUCGUGAAAUUCUGCUUGGCCUGCUGUUUGAUUUCAUGCUAGGUUUCGAUCCAGUCAAGUGGCUUGGUAAGCCUCAAGAGCUUUGUCAUGUCUUUUUUUUUUUUUUCAAGGGAAGCCUUUGAGGAAUCUCCAGAGAGAAAAUGAGCAACAUAAUUGCCGCUAUUGAAAGCAACAGAAUAGCAGCACCAACCAUUAUAGCAAAACUUAUCAUGCUAUAUAACAAAGUUUUGAAUUAAACGUUUUUUGGAAGAAUUUUUUUAUACUCUAACUUGAGGUAUUGUUUCAGAGAAAUGCUAGCUGCCACCAGAGAACAGUUUUAACAAGCUUGUUGUUGAACAACAGUCAUCGGCGCCUCGACCAUGUGACGAUGACGAGGAAGAAGUCAACCGCACCCAACCCUUCCAACCGGGCACUGCUACCACACCUUACCAUGGGGCAAACAAAUUGAAAUGCACACGUUUCCUGAAUAACAGAGCAGGUCGCUGGAAACCUCUUAUGACGUAAACAAACCUCUGCUUGGAAAAAAAAGAGUGGGGGGAAUGCUUGGCCUUCAUAGGGAGACAAUUUACGUCGUAACCAUAGGGAAAGAAAAAAGAAACCUAUGCAGGGGUAAUGAACUUCAUUAAGAAACGGUAUCCCCAAGCUGAUUUUUCAGAAAUUGGGGAAAUUGACUACAGCAAUAAAGAAAAUGAAAAAGGUAUCAUUGUUGCAUUUUGAACAAUACAAGUCUUGUCUUGUCCCAAAAGCUGAAGACAUUUUUGAUUUUAUUAUUUAUUGAUUUAGUCACUCACAAAAGCUUAUACAACGUGAACAGAAGUUGUUAAUUAAAUUAUAAAGUAAUUUGACAAGGAACAAGGAAGCCUAACGAAGCUUGAUUAAUGAAGCUUAUAUCAACAGGCUUCCUUCCUUGAUGAAGCCAAUGAAUGAAUCGUAGAGGCUGGAAAACAAAAGCAAGAAGAAGAAAUACAACUUGAAGAGGGAAAAAGAAUCAAUGAGAAUAUCCAAGGCAAAAAAGAUAAGUUACAUAAAAUUCAAACAAAACGGGAUCAAACUACAGUAAUGGUUGUCUGUCAGUUAAGCCGUGAUGUUAUUGGCUAUAACUUACAGAUGACCAAUAACAUUGCAAUGCAAUUGACCAAUCAGGUCAAUAACCAGAGUAUAAUGACAUCAACUGAUUUGAUACAACUCACUCUAAAGAUGACUACCACACAGGUUGUAGAAAUAUCAAACACUGUCAACAAAAUCUGUCCUAUUCAGGACUAUGUUCAACCGGAUGAUCAAAUUCAACCUACUUUUGAAAUGACUCCUGGGUUCAAACCUUUCACAGGAAGCAACAUGCCACCUCGUGAGAGGGUCAAAGAAAUAUUCAAACAAGACGCUUCGCUUCGACGUCGUGGUUGUGGAACUGAUUCAUCGUAAAUGGGGAGGAAUAGUAAACGGAAAUGAACUAUGGUAAGAGUAAGGUGUAAAUUUGUGAAAUUAUGGGAUUUGUCUGGAUAUUCUGAAAAGAACAACAUCAAAGAGACCUACUUGCCAAAAACUAGCAUUUCGGGGCAAAUUGUCUCUGAUUCGAUACAAAUCCUUCUAAAUUUGACUUGGACGUAAAUGUUUAGACCUAGGUCAAAUAUUAGGUUACUGGCGGUGAAUAACAAGUCCAACAAAACAAACAGUUGAAAAAGAAUUCUCUGUUUUUCUUACAUCAGGCUUCACAAACAGCAUAGCAGUCUCAUGUACUGAUUAAAGAUAUGUAAGGCAUUGGUAAGGAGUCAAUUACGUUGAGCAUGGAAUUGGCUAAAACUCAAUGUUACGAGUUCGAAUGUUUUGAGGAUAAUUAUUCACUGACGAUCAGCGCGUAGGGAUGUCGGAUUAACACGUGCAAAUUUGAUACCAGAGGAACAUAGUCUUUACAGAGCUUUAAAACACAGCAUCCACCAACACAAACUUGACUUGAACUCAAGUAAAAUUAAACAGCCUCUGCCAAUAAUAAACUCUCACUUGAACUUCAGAUAUCUUAAGGUUUCCGCUAGCUUGUAAACACAGAACUUGAAAAUCGACCUUCGUCACACUUUGACUAAACACAGCACUCCAGACUCGUGGGAAAAAACUUACUGAGUCAAGAGAACUCGCUUGGAACUUGUAUACCAUUUGACAUAAGGUUCUAGAAAUUCUAAAGAGGCGAAUAAGGGUAGCUUUUCGACACAUUUUAUGAUUUCAGUAACUGAUGCAAAUCUGCUGACUCAUGCUGAAAUGUAAACAUGCCCUAGUUAAUUAUUCAAGAAGGUCACACAACGCAUGAAAGCAAUAAUAUUUUACUACGUAACACUCAACACAGACAAAACGUCUUUGUGCAGCAUUUUGUAACUUUAAAUUCAUCAUAAAACAGUUCGAAAAGAGCGCUCACUGGUGAAAUGUUUUUCAACACUCGAAGAGAAAUUUGGUGUCUCUGCACGGCCAUAUAAUAUCCUCUAUUUAUUCCUCGAGUAAAUUGAAGACUAAAUUCGAAUUGAUCUCAAGAUAUCACGAAGUUCGUGAAAUAGCCGAAACAAGCCAAAAAAUCGCGAACUUGCACACCCAAUCUUGUCCCAUAACUAGUGCAUGUUUCAAAUUUCGAAAUACCUUGGGUCACAGGACCACUGGGAACGAGGCUGAGGUGAGUCGGUUCAAACCUUGGGAAAGCCAAAAUAAUAAUUCUUUCUUCCUCGAAUAAGUUAGAGAAUAAAGCAAAGAAAUCGAAGUGAUCUCGAGAUAUCUCGAACUAAUUCGGCUCUCACUUCGUCAAAUAGCUGAAUAAAACCAAAAACCUACAGACCUUGCAUGCCCAAUCUUGUUCCAAAAAUUUCAACUUUGAUACAUUCCUGAGCGUCGCGAAUCCUUCACUUCGUGCUCCGCCGAAGUAAAAGCAUGACUUCACCCUCACCGCCUUUGUGCUUGCCACCAGGGUGAGGAUCGGCAUUGUCAUAGGGGCGGUAACAAAUUCCCUGAAAUCACCGGGCAAAAACAUGGUGAAAGGUCGCCAACAGACUGGUAAAAAACAGCGUUCCUUUUUCCCAGCCUCAUUGGCUCGAUCGUGAGCUUCAUUUUUAAGACAGGGGGGCAAGCCAUCUCCUUUCUGGUGAAGUACACUGGGCUAAUGAUUCUUGCCUUGGUCACCUUUUUAAUGGAUUGGUUCCACAAAUUCAGCCGUUAAUGCAUCCAAACAAACAGACCUGGGUUAUAUCAUGGGGGGCUGGACAAGCUGGGGAGGAAGAAGUGGGGAUAAGGAGCAGCUUCUUUUUUUUAUUAUUCACCCAGUUUCAUUGCUUCCUUGUGAAUGGGAUUACAUAGGUGACUGGUGGGUUAAUUUUUGAAGGACCACCUUCCGUGAGGCGCAACUUCAGCUUGCUGUUGUAUGCAACUGUUCUCUCUGUAUUGAUCACCAUUCAAAAGGGCAUCAGCAAAGCUCCUGGCAUGCUGCCAAAUCAAGGUGCACCUUUGCUACAUACUUUGCAUUUUUCACCGGACCUCUGUCACCAAGAAUACUGGUGCACACACUUACCUGGGCCGCGAGAACACGGUACAUGAAAAGCCUCGAUUGACUGGUACAAACGUGACAGCCCUGCAAGUGUGAGCCAGUUCGCCUUGUUGGACACAAACCAAUUGAAAUGGCUAUCUGUGCCUUGCUUGUUUCUGAUGAAUCCAAGAAUGUUUUCUUUGUCCUUCCUGCCCCGCUCUCGUCUGAAAACGCUGAUUCGAACCCAUUCGCUCCUGGAGAUUUUGCCGAAAAACGCGUUUUGAAGCUAGUCGAGUGGUUUUCUGGUCACUGUCGUGUUAUAAAGAGCUAAAACUUACCACAAACCGGUUUGCAGGUCGUACACUUCGCGGCCUUCUGAUCCAGAUGCAAAAUAUCAGCUUGGAAAGUUCGGGCAUGCGCAGAAAGCAAAAUUUCGAGUUUUUGGGUUUAAAAGUGACACAGCAGUCUUGACUUUUACUUUUCACUUUCUCUCCUCCUUCAUUUUUCGCUUUUCUUGCCUCAUUUUUUUUUCUCUUGCUGGGCAUUUAGUAGGCUUCAUUUUGGUGGGAAUAGUUUUUAGGAAAGCUUUUAGGAUCUUAGGAUUAGGUGAAAGGUAAGGUAGGUGAGUAGUGGAACAAGAUUUUCAUGGAGAUUUUCGGGUCAGUGUCACGUGGUUUUUUGCUUCUUUCUCCAGUGUUCUUGGCUGAAUUGUGCUCUUUCUGGUAUGGUUUGAAAGAUUUCUUCACUCUGCACAAGUUAGCGAAGAAAGUUGUCGUUGACCGUUAAAACUGAUGACGUCACAAAGGGUAGAAAGGACCUGGAUCUGCACGGGCGGUUAAGGGCGGUUCAGGGGCGAAUGGGUUAAUCAAAAAACCUAAAAAUGGCCUUUUACCAACUUUUUCACCUGAUUUUACAUGAAAUAGACAGAUUUGGUUGUUUUAUGCUGAAAACUGAAUUUUUUUCAAAAAGCUUGGUACUUUGCUUAACCCAUUCGCUCCUGGAGAUUUUGCCGAAAAACGCGUUUUGAACCUAGUCGAGUGGUUUUCUGGUCACUACCGUGCUAUAAAGAGCUAAAACUUACCACAAACCGGUUUGCAGGUCGUACACUUCGCGGCCUUCUGAUCCAGAUGCAAAAUAUCAGCUUGGAAAGUUCGGGCAUGCGUAGAAAGCAAAAUUUCAAGUUUUUCGGUUUAAAAGUGACACAGCAGUCUUGACUUUUACUUUUCGCUUUCUCUCCUCCUUCUUUUUUCGCUUUUCUUGCCUCAUUUUUUUUUUCUCUUGCUGGGCAUUUAGUAGGCUUCAUUUUGGUGGGAAUAGUUUUUAGGAAAGUUUUUAGGAUCUUAGGAUUAGGUGGCAGGAAAGGUAGGUGAGUAAUGGAACAAGAUUUUCAUGGAGAUUUUCGGGUCAGUGUCACGUGGUUUUUUGCUUCUUUCUCCGGUGUCCUUGACUGAAUUGUGCUCAUUCUGGUAUGGUUUGAAAGAUCUCUUCACUCUGCACAAGUUAGCGAAGAAAGUUGUCCUUGACCGUUAAAACUGAUGACGUCACAAAGGGUAGAAAGGACCUGGAUCCGCACGGGCGGUUCGGGGCGAAUGGGUUAAUAACAUAGCUGGUGGAUAGGUCCACUUCUUAAAUGGCUAAGAACUUCUGUCAUCGUAAAAUUACAUAAUCAGAGGAAAUUAGAGAGAUGUCCGCGGCUGGGUUUUGCCACGCCAGUGCGGUCGAUUAGUUUCCAGCUCCCAAGCAGUAGAGAGGGAGGUCACAAAUAUGUAGACUAUUUGCGCUUGUGGCUGGGGGCGGUGCGUCGCGAGCCCUAGGGCUACGAGUUUACAGAAAAGUCUUUCAUCUCUUGUCAGCAUGCUAUUGUUUGUAUGUAUGUAACUUCUUUCUCGACAGAUAUCAAUAUUUUAAACUAAACUAAAACUCCCACCAACAUAUAUUGAAACAAGCUGUAUUGUGUCAAUUUUACGUAAUUAAUUCUUCUCUAAAAUUUUGUAACAUUUUGCAUUCCGGUAGUGAGCACCUAUUGCUUUUCUCUGUUGCAAAGUCUGUUUGCCUACGCCCACCUGGAAAUCAGCUUUCGUUGUGUGUGGCUAGUGUAGUUAAAUUUGUUGUUGUUGUAAGCAUGAAGGGGUGAAACAUAGUCAUUACCUGAUGAUUCUGUGUGAUCCUUGUCGAAGCAAAUCAAGCUUUCUUCUGGUAUACUUGAACCAGUUUAAACCGAGCUGUAGUAAUAAAAUGAUGCACUAUCUCGUAAAGGAGCUGUGUCACGAAAUUCAGCCAAAUUAGGAAAUUAAAUUACAAAAUGCCCGUUAAAUUAAGAGAAACAUAAAAAUAACCGCUUAAAACUUUAAAUGAAGGCUAAAAUAACAUAACAGAAACGACAGAUGCCACGGAUGGGCAAAACUUGAGAACAUUGAAACGGAUUAAAAUUAGGGUUUUGAAAACUCUUCAGCCUAACAGUUUUCCAAAGUUGAUCCCUGCUGCUUCCAACUUCAAAAAUUAUGCUCAGGAGACAAAUUUGUUUGUCUCGGAUCUCUGAUUUUGUCAUUUACAUGUAAUUUCUUUGGUUACUUUAAAUUCCAUCGCGAUUGAGGGCGAGUAAUUGGCAAAAUUAAACAAACUGAACGGGACUGCUGUGACACAGUCCCUUUAAGUCUUAAACCAGUUUAUUACAAUUGUCAAUGCUGCUCUCAGAGUUGAGCGCUCUCUGACAUACAUUCAAAUCAAGUUCAAGAAUUUAUACAUGUAUAAUAUGUAUUUAACUUUAAGUACUUUUUUAUACGUGCACAGACUACAGUGAUGUCUCCUUGGGAAUCCCUGUGAAAGCAAUUAUCAAGCACACACUUUUUAUUGUUUUCCUUAUUGUAGGCAACUUGUAAAGCACACCACAAUUUUUAUUGUUGCUGUCCUAGCAGCCAGGGAAUUUUCUGAUAUUGACCUCAUGGCUCCUCCUCCUGCUCCUUAA